GUAUCGAAUGGGUGAACCCCAUGUGUUCGUCAACAUCCACCCCAUCCCCUCCUUCUGCCGCCAUAAAAGCUUCAUGAAAGGAUACGAGGCCAUCCACGACGCUAUCCGUCGCAGCGAUGUGUUCUUCCUUCGUAGGUAUCUCAAAGAACGGGCUCAGAAGAAAGAAGCAAUUGAGGAGAGUUUGCAGAAGCUCGAAGGCCAGUACUACUCUGCCGUAAACCUAUCAGGAGACCCACUCCUCAGUGUCCUCAUCUCCUACAGGAAGACCGAGCUGGCCAACAAGUUGCUUGAAGAUAUGGACGAGGAGAGCCUUCUGGAAGCCAAUCUGCAGGGGAACACUGCCCUCCAUGUUGCGGCGGCCGUCGGCAAUAAGAUGAUGGGAGUUGCUGACAGGCUGAUCCGUAAGAAUAAGGAGCUCCUGAAUACGAGGAAUAAGGACAACGAGACGCCGCUGCUGAAGGCUGCGUUGCAUGGGCAGCGAAACAUUUUUUGGAUGAUGUACGAACGUGGCGAUCGUGACGCCAUUAUAGAUGUUAAAAGGAAGGACGGAGCCAACGUUUUGCACUGCGCUAUCAUGGGCAAUGCUCCGAGACUGGCAUUGGAGAUAGCGGAGAGUUUUCCACAUCUAAGAAGAAGGCGGAACGCGGCUGCGGUGACUCCCCUCCAACUUAUGGUGACAAUUCCAGGAGCAUUCAAGAGUAAAUUGGAAAUCGGACCGUUGGAUUCCUUCAUCUACAACUGUAUACCAUUUAACGAAGGAGACGGGAGAGGGAGUGGUGCGGCUUCCGCUAUCGAAAAUGCUUAUGACCUUGGCCUGGAACAAAAAGGAUUUUGGCCGGGGAAUUCGGCGGUUAGGGCUUCGGAUGGAUCAGCAGAGGAAUUGCUCUUUGGCGGUUUGUGUCUUCUACAAUGCCGAGGGGUCUGCGAGCAGAAGAUUCGCAUGACGAUUUGCUUGUGCAUUUCUACGAGUAGGAGAGUCGCGAGGACAAAGGAUUCGCGUGAAUCAGUGAACAACAACCAUUUGAGCGGCAAGUUCGCUACCAGAGCAGGCGAGCGGCAGAGGAGCAGAAUUGGAAUGGCGGACGAGGAAAAAGGAAAUUCACGACAAAAAGGAAAGUCUACAUAA